UUUCCAUCUGAUCAUUGUUCCCGUUUCAGGUGGAUGUGUGGUGGCGCAAAAGUGAACUUCUCAAGCAAGUUCCCCAUCAUGUACCAACCCCUCGGCACACGUGCAUGUUUCAUUUCUGUGCACGUAAUCGGAUGAGGUCCCCUGUAGUGAUGCAGAAGAUGCAGCUGGGGUGAGAUCUAUUAAAGUCCACUGCUUUAGUCGUUUGCAGCUCACUUCCCAUCUGGAUGCUGUGGGGUCUCUCUGCGAGGAGAUACAGGACCAUGAGAGGAAGAUGCCUCAGGACAGUUUGAUCCCGUCUGAGAAUGACACUGACAUUGAGCUGGACUUUACAGGUGAUGAUUUUCAAGAAGGACAUGAGAAGAAAAAACACAGAGGGAAAAGAAAAGAGACUGACAGAGAAAAGGAGAGAAGGAAAAACAGCAGGAGAAAAAAAUCAUCUUCCUCAACAGACAGAGGCAAUGAGUUUCAGCCGAGGCAGAAGAAAACAGAAAGUGGCAGGAGACGAAGUGCAAAAGAGGAACAAGAAGCAAAAGAAGGUGAGAGAGGCGAUGGAGACCGGGGCCAACCAACAAGGAGCAAAACAGCAAAAACAAAGAAGAACAUCAAAAAUGAAAAAACUAAAAAAAUAGACACAGCGGAGGAGAGAGAAGCUGGAGAAAGAAACGAAAAAGGGAAAAAGAAACGUGGAGGUGCCAAAAGAGAGAAGAAAGAUGGACGUAAACAUGUGGCAAAAAAGAAAACACAAGAGAAGAAGAAGAAAAAACACAAAAAGGUUGUUGAAUCGAGUUCAGAACAGGAGACAAGUGAGGAAGACGAUGAUGAAGAAAAUGCCAAUGACGAUGAGGAGGUGAGGCCAGAGUCUCUGUCCCCAGAGGAGCUGGAGAAGCUGAAGGAGGCCGUGGAUGAGAAGAAGAAGCUGAUCCAGAGUCUGAGGGGAAAACCCUGGCCGAUGAAAAAGAAGCUUGUCACUUUACGGGAAUCUCAGGAGUUUGUGGAGAAAUAUGAAGGAGCUCUGGGGAAAGGGAAAGGCAGGAAGCUCUAUGCAUACAAAGUCUUGAUGACCAAGAGGUGGAUGAAGUUCCAACGAGAUUUUGAAAACUUCAAAACUGCCUGCAUUCCAUGGGAGAUGAAAAUAAAAGAGAUUGAAAGUCAUUUUGGUUCCUCAGUUGCCUCAUACUUUAUCUUUCUGAGGUGGAUGUACGGCAUCAACAUGAUUCUGUUUGGACUGACCUUUGGCCUGGUUAUGGUACCAGAGGCCCUGAUGGGACGGCCCUAUGGCACCAUCCCAAGAAAGACGGUUCCCAGAGCUGAGGAGGCCAGUGCCAUGGACUUUGCUGUCCUGUGGGACUUCAAGGGUUACGCUCAGUAUUCAGUCCUCUUUUAUGGUUACUACAACAACCAGCGUGCCGUUGGAUGGCUCAAGUUCCGAAUGCCUCUGUCGUACUUCCUGGUUGGUGUGGGCACAGUUGCCUACAGCUACAUGGUUGUCAUAAGAACGAUGGCUCGUAAUGCCAACGAGUCAGGAGUCGGAGACGAUAAUAGCUUCAACUUCAGCUGGAAGAUGUUCACCAGCUGGGAUUAUUUGAUUGGAAAUCCUGAAACUGCAGACAACAAGUUUGCCUCCAUCACCACCAGCUUCAAGGAAGCAAUUCUGGAGGAGCAGGAAAGCCGGAAAGAUGACAACAUCCACCUCACUCGUUUCCUGCGAGUGCUGGCAAACUUCCUGGUCCUAUGCUGCUUAGCAGGAAGUGGGUAUCUGAUUUACUUUGUUGUUCGCCGCUCUCAGAAGUUUACACUGGAUGGCCUCGAGAACCACACCUGGUGGGAAAGGAACGAGGUAAACAUGGUCAUGUCAUUACUGGGAAUGUUCUGCCCCAUGCUGUUUGACGUCAUCAGCACCCUGGAAAACUACCACCCGCGUGUGGCCCUGCAGUGGCAGCUGGGUCGCAUCUUUGCCCUUUUCUUAGGAAACCUCUACACUUUCAUCAUUGCCCUCAUGGAUGAGAUCAACCUGAAAAGGGAGGAGGAGAAGAUAGUCAAGUUUAAUAUAACCACGUGGGAGGCCAGUUUGUUCAACGGCACGGUGUCAGGAAACGUCACCGCCCCGCCCGUCACCAUCCACCCUGCUGAUGUGCCGAGAGGGCCCUGCUGGGAGACAAUGGUGGGCCAGGAGUUUGUCCGGCUGAUCAUAUCAGACACCAUGACCACCUACAUCACCCUGCUGAUUGGUGAUUUCCUAAGAGCUGUGCUCGUCCGUUUUCUGAACUACUGCUGGUGUUGGGACCUUGAGGCUGGAUUUCCUUCCUACUCUGAGUUUGACGUCAGUGGAAAUGUCUUGGGGCUCAUCUUCAAUCAAGGAAUGAUAUGGAUGGGGGCUUUCUACGCCCCCUGCCUGCCAGCCCUAAAUGUCCUGCGGCUCCAUGUGUCCAUGUACCUGCAGUGCUGGGCUGUGAUGUGCUGCAACGUGCCACAGGAGAGGGUCUUCAAAGCUUCGGGCUCGAACAAUUUCUACAUGGCCAUGCUGCUGGUCAUCCUCUUCCUCUCCACGCUGCCAGCCAUCUACACCAUUGUUACCAUCCCCCCUUCCUUUGAUUGUGGACCCUUCAGUGGCAAGAACCGAAUGUUUGACGUGAUCCAAGAGACGUUGGAGUCAGAUUUCCCUGCCUGGUUCAGUAAGGUGUUCAGUUAUGCCUCUAACCCUGGGCUGGUGCUUCCUUUUAUCCUGCUCAUGGUAUUGGCCAUUUAUUACCUACAGUCCACAUCCAAAAGCUACAAAGAAGCAAAUGUAGAACUGAAGAAAAAACUACAAAUGGUAAUCCAGAAAUUACUUUAGAUAAAG